GUGUCAAAGCUAGCGACAUCUCCACGCGGCCAUCCACGGCCACCGAGGAGCUGCCAAACAGCCGACCUGGCAGCCGUGCUGGCAGCCGACCUGGGUCACGAGCUGGCAUGCUGGGUCGUCCGUCCACCAGCCAGGCAGACCGUCGGCCUCAAUCUCGCCUCGCGAGGUCGUCGAUACCGGAGCUGCCAGAAAAGUCCUCUGAAACGAAACCGGAUGCCGACUCGCCCCUCUCACAGGACCAGCCGAUUCGUCGCAUGCUCUCUUUCGUUGACCUGUCUCUGCAG